AUGGUUAACUACAUUUUGUCGUUUUGUAAGAUCACAGGAGCAAGUAAGGUAUUUAAAAAACAUUUCUAUUUACCUCUAUUAAAGCCUGUAAACCCUAAAGAAGCUUUAAGAACUUUAAGGAUAACGGGAAAAUGGUUAUUAGGAGCCAAAAUACAAAGGUACAUCCCGGUUUUAUUGAAUCAUUCUCAAAAAAGAUCAAAAAAAGUUCAAAAUUACGGGAAACUACCCCAUAGUAAAUGCAGUGAUUUCACUUACAUGGCUCCUAAUUUAGAUCCCGAAAACGAAAACCAUAAAAUACUAUUAAAAAUCUUAGAAAGCAAAGAAAAAAACGGAUCGUACGUCUAUCGAAUCGAAGACAAAAAAUAUAACAUCGUAUUUGAAUCAGAUUUCGAAAAAGCCAUAAGAGACGGUGACAUUAUCGACGUACUAGUAUCACAAAAAAACGACAAAAUCCUAAUCAAACUAAAAGACAAAAAGAAAAUCCCCAUCGAAAUUCAAUACUACGAGGGCGAUUCAGAACAUUUAAUAUGCGGCGAAGGUGCCACGACACCAGCAGAAGAAAAACACCACCAUUACGGCAAAUACACAAUGAGCCUAGCAAAAGUAUUCGAGGAACGCGAAAUACGCGAAGAAAAAUGGGAAGAAGAAUUAAAAAAAAUCAUGAAACGCAGAAAGAAACAGAAAUGGGAAAACUCCAAAGCCUACAAAGAAAUGAUGAAACGCAACAUGAAAAACCUCAACUGGAACAAAUUCGAAGAAGAAGCUAAAAAGGUAAUAGACGAAAUUUCAGAAGAAACCACGGAAAUCCCCAUAGAAAUGGAACUAGAUGAUCUCGAAUCUACCAAGAACGUUAACGAAAUGAUCUUAAAUAGAGGACCGGAGAUGCUAAACCAACUCCCAACCAUCACAGAAAUACCAGACGUAAUCAAAAGUAUGAAUACCGCUAGUCUAACGGAAAUCGAAGACGUCCCAACCGAAGACAAUCAAAAAAGAAGACGAGUCAGCGGCGUUACAGUCACUCUACCCUCAGGUAAAGAAUGCUUCGUCAGCGGCCAAAUGGUUUUAACCGAAGAAGGUGAAGUAUUCAUUCCUGGUCAAACUAUCCAAAACGAUUUCGGCGAUGAAUACGUUCCUGGUAUAACCACGAACGUCGAUAAUAAACCCACCCUUAUCGGAGGGUUAAUUAUGGGUGAAGACCAACAAGAACCGAUGUUUUUACCAUCACAAUCAGCUAUAACAGCCGACGGACAGCUCACCUUCGCUUCAACACCAGAAGAACGCCCUCCACCGCAACCUGAAUCCGAAAGAAAACUCAAAAGAAAGAAAAAACAAGAAGAAAUUAUAGAAGAACCUAUAGAAAUAAUUAUCAUCGAAGAAGAAGUAUCAGACAUAUCCGACACAGAAGAAAAAUCAAGAGAAUCUAGUAUAGAAUUAAACAGUUCCGAAAUGGAGGAAUUAGAUAUGGAAGACAUACGUUUGAAGCAAGAACAACAUCGAUUGGAAUUAGAGAAAUUGAAGCACCAAAUGUUCGAUAACAUGGACGAUUUAAUCGCUAGUCUCGAAGAUAAAAAGGCGCAGCUUAAGAAAAAACUGGAGGAUCUACGAAAACAACACAUGGACAAUCAAAAUAACCUAGUAACGUACGUUAACGAAAAAGACGCUUUAAUUAUCGCAAAACAAAUAUCAGAAGACGACGACACUAUUAAUAGACUAGUAGACAUUCUUUUAACAAUGACCAGGAGGGCGUCGACAUUUAGAGAUAAAAAUAACAUUCGCGCCGAUAAUAUAGAUUUAUCCUACUUGAGUUCGAACGCUGCAGAUUCUGAAAUUAAAUUGCACGCUUGCAGCAAUAAAUUGAAAAUAUUAUUCAAGACGGCUUUAGUAGCUGCAAACGAGGUAUUCAAAAAUAGACCGAAGGAUCAAGUGCUCGCUCUCAAAACGAUUGGAGAAAUUUUAAUAGAUCCGUUGAAUAAAAAUAUCAAAUUGAUUUUAGAGUUAACCAAUUUAAUGAAAACUCAAAUUGAUAGGGAUGAAAUUUGUGAAACGGCUCUUAAACAGCUCACUAGAGUGAUCGAAGAUACUAAAAUUUGCACUUUAGCGAUGAUCGUGGACAAACAGAUGUCAGUACCGGAUAUCAUCGAGAGUGUGGAGAAAAUUCUAGGCCAUGACAACAUAAUGACUAUCGCUUUUGCUAAAAUUCUAAAAGUGAACCCAUUAGUCGUGCAUUCUUUAAUAGAAAACAUCGAAGAUGACAUUAGAGACGUCGCUUCAGAAGAAGAUGCUAUCAAAGUCCUGCAGAAAUCUAUAGUCAGUGCUACUAAGCAAUCGAUGGAUCUAAACUUACAAAAAUACAAAACUGGAUCUUCUUACAAAGAAUUGACAGAAGAAGCCUGCAGUUUUGCAAAAGCUUUAGGCUUGGAUGAUGUAGUGGAAGAUUUAGAGAAUGCAUCACAAGAAUUCUUACUAGAAGAUACUUUAAAUAUGUUAAAGAGGAUGACUUUGAUGAAACAGUUAUCAGAGAGGGAUUACUCAUUAAAAACAGCUAUAACACGUAUUAAAAAGAACCCUGAAGUAGCUAAAUCUGAUCCCAGGAUUCGACAGUUGAUCAGGGAAAGUGCCGCUUUAAUUUCCAACCCGUCAGUACUGCUGACUUCGAGAAGCAUCCCAUUGCAAUUGAUGAAGAAACAGAAUUUGCUUGCUAUUGAAGACUUUUUGGUGAAACGAACUAAUUUGGAGUAUCCAUGUUUGAUAUCUAGAGGUUCUUUACAAGCAGUUAUCCCCAAGGAUGCAUCCAGAGGUGUGUUAGCUGGGCGAGUACCAUACGUUCUUAUAGACGAAACUGGUGUAACUAACUUCAAACCAAUGCAUAUGAUGUCGGCUGUGCACGUUAAUAAAAAUCGUGAAAAAAGAAUAGACGAUUAUCUAAGUGCGGUUCCAGAAACUUGUGAUACACCCGCUUAUCUCCAUCAAUCCAAGAACAAUGGUUCCGACACUAGCAGAGGAACGAUGAGCUCGGGGGCCCUUCUAAGGGGCUACGGCCCACGUGCCUAA